AUGAAAUCUAUUCAAUAACUGUAUUUACAAGCUGUAUUAAAACAAUAAGAAUUAGAAAAAAUCAAAUAAGAGGAAUAAGUUCAUAGAUAAAAUCAAGAAGUAAAUUAAUUUAAAAUAAUAUAUAGAUAAUCAAAUAGUAGCAACUACUCUCUCUUGUCUUAUAACCUGGUUUAAAUACUAAUGAUAAGUAAGAAGUUUUAAUAUUUGUAUUAGAUAAAGUUGGUCUUUAAUCGAUAUUUAAAAUAGAAUAACAUAAUAUUACUAACAAUAAGUUUUAAGGAAAGAAAUAGUUAUCAUUAGAAAUUAAAUUGAAAUUCAUUUACCUUAUUUCCUUAAUGUAUUAGGAAAUUUGAUUAUUCAUGGUUUGGAUUCAAUAAAAGGAGAAGAAAAUUAUAUUGGAAUUCUAAAAUCCUAAUUUAUAAAUUAACCAAUGAAUAUAACUAUGAGUAAUUCAUUGUUCAAAACUCUCUCACUUUUAUUUAGAUCAUCCCUAGUUUAGUUUGAUAAAGGUAUUGUUAUAAAUUUAUCAUUAGAUUCAUUAUAGGAUAGUAGAUGUGUCAAUAUGAAAUAUUUUUCUUAAUUCUUAUUAUUUAGAGAUGAUUUUUGUGAUAUAUUUUUUAAUUCUCUCUAUUAAUAUUAGAUAUCUACAAAUAAACAGGUGAGUUAAUAGUUAACCUUCUAUUAAUUGUAUUAAUUAAUAACAAAAAACUCAGAAGAUAUUUGGACUACAUUCAUAUAUAAAUUAUUAAGUCAAUAGUAAUAACAAUUAACAAAAGAUCAAUUUUUUGUUUAAUUUAAUCAUUAUACAUUUCUGAUCAAUAAUUUCUUUAAAAAAUCUAAUCUUAUCUUUAAUAUAGUUGAAAAUACUGUUAAAUAGACAGCUUAAUUACAUAACGACUCAAUUUUUUAAGAAGUAUAAUUGUUAUUUAAUUUAGUAUCUAUUAAUAAUGGGCAGUUUCAAAGCAACAACCUAAGAUUUCUUGAAAAAUGCAACUUCUAUAUUUUUUGAUGAUAAUAAUACUUUUAUUGAAUUACCAGAAUUUAUAGUAAAAACAAAAAAAAUACAUAAUUAAUUGAAUAGUUCUAUCUUAUAUAUUUUACCUAUGAUAUUUUAAUUGGAAAGUCAAAUGAUUGAUAUGAUCUAAGUAAAUGGGAAAUAAGAAAUCAAACCAUUGAAAAAUAGUUCCAAUUAUUAUUUAAAGAUGAUAGAAAGAUUGAAAAAUAAAUGUGUAUAUAAUGGAGAAGAAAAUUGUAAUUGUAAGAAAUGCUAAUGCAUCAGAAGAAAUAGAAGUUCUGCUAAUGAAUCUUAAAGAAAAAAGAGAGAAGCACUUGAAAAGAUAGGUCCAUUAUAAGAUGCUUUUGAAGAAUUAAGAAAAAAGGUUAAAGUAGUAUAAAAUGAGAAUGAAAAUCUUAGAAAAUUACUUACAAGUGUAUUUUAACAUCCAUAAGUAUCAAAAUUGGCUUCAACUUUCAUAGAACCUCUCACAAAAAUAAUAUCAGAUACUGAUUGUGGAUUUGAUUCAUAUGAAUGUUGA